CAGAGACUGAACGGCGAGCUUCCUCUCAGCGAGAGCGAGCUGGAGAGCGUCUUUGACUGCCUGGAUUCUGACGGCAACGGCUUCCUCACCCUGGAGGAGUUCUCCUCCGGCUUCAGUGCGUUCUUACACGGUCAAAGCUCAGACCAGAGCAGGAAGGAGGGAAACCCGGGUCAGGUCCUCCCAGAGGUGUGGGAGGAAGGCCCAGCGAGGCCGGGCGAGUACGAGGAGGAGGAACACUUCUCUACGCUCAUGGACAGACUUGGAGCCAGCAGCGCUUUUGAGGAGAACUUGUCCUGGGACUGUGAUCAGCUGUGCAAACAGAACAGAGCUGGAGACUCCAUCUACCAGCACAGCAGCUUCUGUGCUCUUUAG